UUGCGUUGCCCUUGUGCUGUUUGGGCAUUUAUCGCGUAUUGGAUGAACGGUUCUACUGCUGCGCAACCUCGUCAACGAGGGCUCGAUAGGGCGAUCGCUCAUCUCGUUGUUGGGCUUCUCGACUCGUUCGGGUUUGAAUCCACGGCUACUCAUUUCCGCCAAGAAGCUCAGCAAUCAGGUCUAUUAGAUAGAGAAUCCGCACUCGACAACUCGUCCAGCUUGAUACGGCACCUCGAGGAAGAGCCUCGCUUGGUUCAUCUGCUGUCCUUUAUUGUCGACUCGCGGGGAACAGAGUCCAAAGCUUGCGGACUGUUGCGCCUCGUUGAGGCCUAUCUUCAGCUACGCAUCGACGAAGCCGCGCAAAAAUCCGCCAUUGAUCGGUUUGGAUCGACGCAAUUUACGCGAACGUUGCUGACGAGCGUCUUACACUUGGCACACCACGCCUCGGCGAUGCUCCCUUCCGACAAUGGCUCGCGUCCCAGCACCGCCACGCCGCAAGCUCAGCGGCGAGUAUUGCCGAAAUCCGCUCCGCAAUCUACCGUCAGGGAAAUAUCGUCGAGGCUUUACGCUUCCAUUCAGAGACAGAAAGCCAACUCGACUGCAAAAACACUCGAUAACACCGCGGCCAGCGCAAAGCGAAGAGCUGGGAGACCACGCAAGCAUCCUCGCCCCUCGUUGACCCAGGAGGAAAUGGACUCGCAGAUGAAUGCCGGCUCACCGGAGCCCGAGCGCCCCGAUGAGUUGUCUCUGCCGGAAUUCUUCAAUGACUUGGAUGUACCAGACACGUUCGACCCAAACCACACACUAUUCAUUGAUUUGCCCGUUUCAUUGCAGUUCGAACCUGACACGCCAGCUUCGAGUGCUGCACCUGACGAUGGUCGCCGAGAGUUUACCCUGAACCUUGCUUUGAACCCCGAACAAAUUGCUCAAGCGGCAAACCAACUACAAAAUGGCGAUGAUUCCGUUUUGGAAGAAUCUAUGACUCGCAUGCUGGCAAGCGCCGUGCAGACUGAU